AAACGCCUUGCCUAUUCAUAGAUAACAAAUGAUUUUAAUGUGUAAACCCCCAAGGAGUGGCAUCAACAAUGCUGAGGAAACCUAGGUAGCCCUGAAACGGCCCGCCGGGUACUGGCUGCUUUCCCUGUGAUUCCAGCCUGGCUCCAAAUUUCUCUCCUGAGCCAUCUCAAAGGAUUCUCUGUCUAACGUGCAGGGAGGGCUCCACCAGUGACUUGGUGCCACCGGUUCCCUCGAGACCUAGCUCCUGGCUUCUGAUGGAUUAAUUCUUCACUUCUCGGGCCAUGGGAGAACCGGAGAGGAGAGCCUCAGAGCACUGGGUACCAGCUCCCGCCCCUGCGAAUGUUGGGCACUUUGUCUCCAGCGUUCAGCAGUCGGCGACAGCGGCAGCCCCGCGCAGCCCGGGACUUGGCAAGCCCGUGCCAGCGCGCGCUCCUCCUCCUGCCGCCUGGCCCAGCCCGGCGCAUCUCGGAGGACACUGAUGCUCCGCUUGCUCGGCAGAGUCAUGUCAUUCUCGCCUAUGCCGCCUCCGCCGCCGCCACCACCACCGCCCGCCCGAACCCUGGGGGGGCCCGCCGCACGCCAGCUAUCCCGGAGACCCUGCGCGCCGCCCGCACCCUCGCCGCCCGCCCCUGCGGCCGCCGCCGCCGGCGAGAAGAAGAGGAGGCCGCCCGAGAUGCUACUCUCCAGCUCCUGGCCCUCCGCCACCCUGAAGAGGCCCCCAGCACGGCGCGGCCCGGGCUUGGGUCCCGGCACCCCGCAGCCCCCUACCUCCGCACGCGUCCCGCCCCAGCCCUCUCCAGGCCGUGGGGGGACCUCGGCCACGUGCUCCGCGCCCCGGCGGGUCGCCUGCAGCCACAUCCCAGCGGGAUCCACCGCCUCGGGGACCUCGGCGGGGGCGGGGGCUGGGCCCGACGACGCCACGCGCUUCUCCUUGAGCCUCACCCCAGAAGCCAUCCUGGUCAUCCAGAGGCGCCACCUGGAGAAGCAGUUGCUGGCGCGACCCCGAAGGCCCUUCCCCGCGCCCUCGGCUGACCCGCGGCGCCCACUGGUCCCCUGUCCCCGGACCAGGUCUUCGACCCUGCGGAGGGGCGGUCCCACCAGUGUCCCCGACGCGCCUCUAGCUGUGGCUGUCAGCAGCCGCCCACCCCGUGCCUCGCUGCUGCCAGGAGGUCUGCAGGCCACUAUGCCCAACCCGCGCCCCUCCAGCCUGCGCCCAGUGCUCAAGGUGUCGCUGCUCAAUGAGAAGCACAAGUAUGAUGAUGAGGAGUACGAGGAGGAGGUGGAGGUGGUGGACGAGGGCCUCGUGCGCAAGUGCACAGAGUGGCUGCGUGGGGUGGAGUCGGCGGCAGCUGCGAGGGGCCGCACUGGGCAUCUGGACUCGCUGCCACACCUGAGCACGCUGUGAGCUAGGCGAGCCUGUGGGACCCAGCCUUGCUCGAGGCCCACCGCCGCCUCCUGCGCUCUUUGCACACCUGGGCUCGUGUGAACCAGGUAGGCCAGCAAGGGACAGGACUAUUGCCUGGAACCUCACCCAGGUGUGCUUACUCAUGAGUGACCCACAGCCUUUUCUAACGCCCACCACCCACCUCCUGUGCAAUUAGGUCAGUGUGGGACACAGCAGACUCACCUGACUCCAGCAACUGUCCCGUGCUCCUCCUGCCCCCCUGUGGGGAGGAAGGACCUGUGAAAUGCCUUCUAACCUCCCACCCUAACUAAGGAUUGGACCCAGAGGUCCUCUGCCCCAGGUGGCGUCCCACUUCCUGGGGACUCUGCAAGCCUGUGACCACUGAGGGUGGAGUGGUCUUCUGUUGCAGAGCUAGGACAUGGUGCUAUGUAUAUGAUCUGUUUCCUUACAAAUCAGCAAGUCGGGUACUGGAAACUCUGGUUAACUAAAACUUGUAAUCCAGCAGCCUUGCAGCAGUGUUCUAUUGCCACUGGGU